AUGUUUGGUUCACUGCUUCUAUUUCUUGUUAUAUGUUUUGGAAUAAUUUUAAGCACCAUUGGAUUUUUGAUUGUAAAUUCAUUGGGAAGUACUGGACCUCAGAGCCAACUUUUGUAUGCAGCAACUUACAAUUGUAAUUGGACUACUCUGGAUUUGAAAGACUCGAAACAAUUAAUUAUACUGGCGGUACGUUCUCAGAGACCAUUACAUAUAACGAUCGGAAAGUUUGCACCUGUUUCACUCAAUACUUUUGCAAAACUUCUCAAAUCAUCGAUGGGGUACAUUUCUUUCCUCAUGGCCAAGAAGAAAGAAUAA